CACCAUACCAAAGUCCGAUCGAGCAGUAGUACGAGUACGUCCCGGUACAGGUACUGUAGUAUGAACAGUAAGGUAAGUAAAUUCUUUCGUUGACAUUGAUUCUUCAUUCCGUCAUCCCUCACAAAACACCACCAAUUUGUCAGGUCAAUGAUCCAUCAUCCAUUUCAUUUCUUUACUCAUCAAUUCAAGAAUCAUUUUUCUGAAGAAAACGAACAACAAAAAAGCCGUCUGCAAUAUCCAAAGGCAGCUGGCCAUUUUUCGUCUUCCAUCCAGUUCAUUUAUGUUGGAUAGAUGGUUUGAUAGAGAAGAUUCUACGAUCGCUUGUUAGUAGUUCGCGAAUUCUCCGUUUACAAUAAUACGCACGAGKUWCUGUUGAAAAAGAACGAAUCAAUAGCCAAAAGCCUGCACUGGAUUUUGACCGACUCCUUGCAGAAWAUMAUUGUGCCAUGACGAGUGYAAGAUGUAUGGCAAAGAAAGCCACGGCAUUUCAGACUCCAGAAGAGUUGAAGUCAGUCAAGUCACUAGCGGUACAAAUACAAAUGAAAAAUUAUGUUGUCGCUCCGAGAAAGUUCCCUAAAACCUUGAUCAUUGCAUCAAUUGCAAUCUAUAUGGUUUACAUGGUGAUGCCAUUAAAUGCUUUCUCGAGAGCGAUGGGAUUUGAACGUAGGYUAUUUUCAGCGAAUAGCAGGACGAAUGAUGUGAAAGGAAUAUCAGGAGCAAUAGUUUGCCGAAACAUACUCAGAAUUGUACGAAACGGUUCCUCGUUAGGAGAACGACAAUGCCURUCGAUGGUUUUAGGAGGGCCUCCCAUGGAAGAYCAUGAUSAGGAUUAUGACUCGAACGAUAACAGUAAGGAGUAUCAAAGGCCACUAUCGAGGAAGACAUCGGAUUUUCAAACGGCACUGGCAAUUGUUCCACCAUUGGAAGACUGGGAUCGUCUCCAGCGAGCACGUCAUUAUGCACGAGAUCCGGUCUUUCGGGAAUGGCCACCCGCUAUUCGAUUGUUUCAUCCCUUCGAUAARGCACAGAAUAUAGCGUUUGAUAUAGCUCAGCUCAUCGAAGAUCUUGAAUUAGAACCCUUCGAAGUGACAUUGGAUUCAUGGGUGAUCGUUCCCAAUGUAGAGGCAACCAAGAAAGAAUGGGAAGACCAACAAUUCUUGCCGGAAGUGGUMGAUGGCGAUACGCUUGACUCCUAUUACGGAAAAUUGAGCGAACAAUCCGAGCAGGAAAUUCAAGAUCUUAUCAAAUCAGAGGAGCGAAAAGGGAAGAUCAAAGCUAUGAAAAAGAAUGCCAAUGCAUUAGCCGCACGGGGAAAUCGUCAAGACGAAAAAGAGGAAUUACCUCGUGGCACGGCGAGAAGGAAGAAGUCACCAGCGCAGCUAAGAGAAGAACAGMGAAAAUCAAUUGAGGAAGAUUUUGGCGGUCCUUGCGUUCUUUGCUUAGAGCCCGACGAGGAGUCCAAAGAAAAAUUAAUUGAGCUACGAGGAAUACUACUCGAGGGGUUAGGCAUUGAGUCUUAUUCGUCACCAUCGAGUUUGUAUGCUUGGGAUUACGUUGAUGAUAUGGAUAUGGGAUACCGACCACUGAUUCCUAUCUCGAAGUUCGACACGUUUCACUCUGCAAUGGAAAAAGCUAGUCGACUCAAAGGGCUCUGGGGCGAUCCCUUAACUAUCAACGUKAAAUGCCUUGACAUUCUUUCCUGUAAACCUCCGGAAGAAUCUACCGARGACAGCGACGAUGAAAGCGAUGGAGAUGAYUGGGAAAGUUUUGGUAUGCCAAACAGCAGUCGAUUUUCUCAGCAAGCCUCUCAAGUUGAAAUAAAGAAGGAUGCCUGGGCUUGCAAUGCCAGGAUAAUGCUUGCCGGCGAAGAAAUACAGCAAGACGACUCGGCAAACGAAAAUAUGAUCGAGCAGCUCCUAGAGUCAGGAGAAAUAGGAGGUGCAGAUAUAUCAAUGGAUUUUACGAUUCURGAAGACGAGGAAGAAAGCACAUCAAAUCUCGAAAAGUGGCUCGACGAAGACGAUGAAUUUGAUGAGGGCACUCAAGUCAUCAUUGGGAGAACGCACUUUUUCACUGGAGACCAACGAAAUUACAAGGGAAUGCCUGCAACGAGUGUGGUCGAUGCCAAAGACCGGUCUCUCGGAGAAGCCGGAUCUGUCAGUGGUGUGGCACGCCGGAGAGGGUCAACAAGCCGGAAACAAAAUGUUUGGGAAGACGGUGAAUAUGGAAGGCGCAGCAAAGACUUUCUUCCGUGGGGUCUAAGGGAGCGAAAGGAAAAAGAAAAGCACAAAUGGAGUGAAGAUGAAAUAUGAAGCUAGCAAUAUGUCUAGUUUUWAAUCCUCUGUUAUAGACUGU